AUGGAUGUAUCUGCAAUGACUGUAUUCGUCAUCAUCUGCUGUGGCACCCCGAUUCUUGUCGUCGGGUUAGUCUUCUUGAUAGUUUGCGGCAUUGUCAAGGAGGCCAAAAUAAAACCCGAAGACCCCAAGUUCCACCUCCACUCCGCCACCGUAUCCCUCAUCAAAGCUUCCGCCUUCGAAUUCACCGCCAAGUGGGACGUCACGCUAGUUGCUGUCAACCCCAACCACAAGCUCACCGUCUCCUACCACAGCUUACAUGCCACGAUCUUGUAUGAAACGAGUGACAGCGACCAGGCCAAAGCCAGAGUCUUGCUGGCAACGAAGCCGGUGGCGCCACCCCCAGCUUUGAGCACCAAGACCGAGACCACUCACAGAUUCAGAAUCGAAACCCUGUCAGGCCACUUAAGCGGUGAUGUGGCAAAAAAAAUCUCAGAAGGAAGAGGUCGUGGAGGGGUAACGUUUGAGCUCCACAUGUUGGGUUGGUAUAGGUAUUCGUUGUAUAGGACAGAGCUCAGGAAGUUGGAGGCCGCCUGCCACGAUUCGAGUUCAGGUUUUCGCCAGGUAAUUGGACCGGGGCACUUCCAUUGA